GAUGUGUUUGUGUGUCAGGUAUUCGUGCGUGUACCUCUGUGUAUAGUUAAGCGUUCCCGAGCAAGGCAUUACCACAGUCGAAAAUGCCGGUGCAGUGGGAUGGAGCGUUUCAAGUUUCAAAUACAAUUCAGAAAUAUGGCUGAAGCAAAAGCAAAGGAAGACUAUGUACAUGUUAGCAAGAAGAUGCGAACAGAUGUGUGCAGUAAUGCCAUUGACAGCACCACAGACAAGAAGUGUGAUUCCGACCAAUCAGGAGACAGAGAUAAUCUUUUCAAGACAUUUGAAAACUUCGAAGUACAACGCAUAUUAAAUAACUCUGAGGAUCACAAAAGUAUUGCUGUUGUUGGCCGCCUGAAAGGAAAGGAAGGGAAUGCUGUAAUCAUGUUAAAGAAAUUAGCCUUCAAUGCAGAGAAAAUAGAAGAGAUAUUUAGUGGCAAAACAGAAACUAAAACUUUGUUCCGCAAUGACAUAUACUACAACAGCACAGCAUGGAUGCCAAGAGAAUUGAAUGAGCUGGGAGCGACCAUCAUCUAUCCAGCGGAGGAAAAGCAUGUGCUUAAAUAUGAGAGGCAGUCUUCUUCUUUUGUCUUUGAAACACCUGAGCUGUUCAAGGAGGUUACAAAACCAUUCAUUGAGUCGGCUUCCUUUAGCAAAGAGUGGAUAUAUAAUAUUUUAGAACACAAAAAAGAGGAAGAUCGGAUUGUUUUUGAGGAUCCAGACCCAGAAACUGGCUUCAUCCUCUUACCAGACAUGAAGUGGACUGGAGAACAGAUUGAAGACCUGUAUCUUCAGGCAAUUGUUCACAGAAGGGACCUGACAUGCAUCCGUGACCUUAGAGGCAACCACAUUCCUUUGCUUAAGAAUAUUUUGAAGAAAGGAACAGAAGCUAUAAUGGAGAAGUAUGGGAUCCCAGCACACAAGCUCCGUAUAUAUAUCCACUACCUGCCAUCAUUCUACCAUCUCCAUGUUCAUUUUACUGCCCUCUCAUUUGAUGCUCCAGGCACUUGGAUUGGAAAAGCAUUUACGCUUUCGUCAGUGAUCAGCAACCUAAACCUCAGGCCAGAUCACUAUCAGUUUGCUGAACUUUCAUUCACUUUAAAGGAUAAUCAUCCCCUCCAUGCAAAGUUUGAAGAGAAAGGUAAGGUUUUUAGUAUGUAGUUAAUGAAGUAUGAA